CUCAGUGAUGUUCACGCUCAGAGAGCAGCAUCUCCAGGAUUCAGCUGUGUGUCUAUGAAGAGUAACCACUCCAUGCAUCUGCCCCCUGAACUCAGUGAUGUUCACGCUCAGAGAGCAGCGUCUCCAGGAUUCAGCUGUGUGUCUAUGAAGAGUAACCACUCCAUGCAUCUGCCCCCUGAACUCAGUGAUGUUCACGCUCAGAGAGCAGCGUCUCCAGGAUUCAGCUGUGUGUCUAUGAAGAGUAACCACUCCAUGCAUCUGCCCCUGAACUCAGUGAUGUUCAUGCUCAGAGAGCAGCGUCUCCAGGAUUCAGCUGUGUGUCUAUGAAGAGUAACCACUCCAUGCAUCUGCCCCCUGAACUCAGUGAUGUUCAUGCUCAGAGAGCAGCGUCUCCAGGAUUCAGCUGUGUGUCUAUGAAGAGUAACCACUCCAUGCAUCUGCCCCCUGAACUCAGUGAUGUUCACGCUCAGAGAGCAGCGUCUCCAGGAUUCAGCUGUGUGUCUAUGAAGAGUAACCACUCCAUGCAUCUGCCCCCUGAACUCAGUGAUGUUCACGCUCAGAGAGCAGCGUCUCCAGGAUUCAGCUGUGUGUCUAUGAAGAGUAACCACUCCAUGCAUCUGCCCCCUGAACUCAGUGAUUUUCACACUCAGAGUGAAACACAGGCAAUGAAGAGAAAGAGAGCAGCAUCUCCAGUAUCCAACUGUGUGUCCAUGAAGAGCAACAGGCCCCUGAUUAAUCCACACAUGUUCAGUACUGGAGCAGUGCGCUUUGACCCUGUUGGUAAAAAAGCUGUGACGACCGACAUUACCGGUAUGUCCCCAUACUAUCAGAGCCACACCAGUCAUCAUGAUACAGAAACAGACCUGCAGCUCAAUUCAGUCCCACCAGUGCAUGAUGAUCUGCAGAGAGUCAAAGACAAGCACAAAACCAGCAUGAAGAACAAGUUUGAGAGCGUAUUUGAGGGAAUCAAACUACAAGAGAAUCAAACCCUCCUGAACCAGAUUUACACACAGCUGUACAUCAUAGAUGGAGAGAGUGAAGGAGUGAAUGAAGAACAUGAGGUGCUACAGAUGGAGAAAAGUUACAGGACACUCCAAGACACUCCAAUCAACUGCAAUGACAUUUUUAAUCCUUUAUCUGAACCAGGAUAUGAGGAGAUGAGAAGAGAGAAGAAAGACAAAAUAAAGACUGUUCUUACUAAAGGCAUCGCUGGAAUUGGAAAAACCGUCUCUGUGCAGAAGUUCAUUCUGGACUGGGCCGAGGGAAAAGCCAAUCAGGAUGUAAAUUUCAUCUUUGUGCUUCCAUAUCGAGAGCUGAACUUGAUUAAAGAUCAUCAGUACAGUCUUCACAGGCUUCUGCUUGACUUUCAUCCUGAGCUUCAAGAUCUAGAUUCAAAGAUUUAUGAGGAGUGUAAAGUUGUAUUCAUCUUUGAUGGUCUGGAUGAAAGCAGAAUUACGCUGAUGUUUUCAGACAGACAGAAAGUUUCUUAUGUGACUGAGAUUUCAUCAGUGGGUCUGUUGAUGUCAAACCUCCUACGAGGAGAUCUGCUUCCCUCUGCUCUCAUCUGGAUCACCACCAGACCAGCAGCAGCCAAUCAGAUCCCCUCUAACUACAUCAACCGUGUGACAGAAAUUCAGGGAUUCAAUGACCCUCAGAAGGAGGAAUAUUUCCGGAAGAGAAUCAGUGACGAGCAUCAAGCCAGCAGAAUCAUCUCACACAUCAGAAGAGCAAGAAGCCUCCACAUCAUGUGCCACAUACCCGUCUUCUGCUGGAUCUCAGCCACUGUGCUUCAAAACAUCCUAAAACAAGAUCUCAGUGCAGAAAUCCCUCAAACUCUGACUGAAAUGUACAUCUACUUCCUGCUCAUUCAAACAAAUAUGAGGAACCAGAAGUAUGAAGAGAGACAUCCAGAAAAACUCCUGCAGUCCAACAGAGAAGUGAUUGUGAAACUUGCUGAACUGGCUUUCAAUCAGCUGAUGGAGGGCAAUGUGAUGUUUUAUGAGGAGGACCUGAGAGAAAGCGGCAUAGACAUCACUGACGCCUCAGUGUAUUCUGGGAUUUGCACUGAGAUCUUCAGGGAGGAAUCUGUGAUUUAUCACAGGAAAGUUUACAGCUUUGUGCAUCUGAGCUUUCAGGAGUUUUUUGCAGCACUGUAUGUGUUUUACUGCUAUUUACACAAGAACAGUGAGAUUUUGAAAAUGUUCCUGACAGGAAAGUCCAGAACUCAAUGUGAGAAUGUUCCUCUGAAUACGUUUCUGAAGGGAGCAAUGAAUAAAGCCUUGAAGAGUAAAAAUGGACACCUGGAUCUUUUCCUUCGAUUUCUUCAUGGCAUCUCACUGGAGUCCAAUCAGAGACUCUUACAGGAUGUGCUGAUACACACAGAGAACAACCCAGAGAGCAUCAAGAAAAUAAUCCAAAACCUCAAACGAGGUCAAAAAAACAAUGUCAGUCCUGAAAGAUGGAUGAAUCUGUCACACUGCUUGAUUGAGAUGAAGAAUAAUUCUAUUGUUGAGGAAAUGCAGGUAUUUUUAACAUCUGGAAAGAAAGAAAAAAAUCUUACUCUUGCACAAUGCUCAACUUUGGCAAACAUGAUCCUGAUGUCGGAGGAGGUGCUGGAAGAGUUAGACCUAAAAAACUACAAAAUCAAGUCAUCAAAAGAGGGUCGAUGGAGACUGUUACCUGCUGUGAGGAACUGCAGAAAAGCUCUAUUGGCAAACUGUAAUCUCUCUGAUCAGCACUGUGAAAUACUGUCUUCAGCUGUACAAUCAUCAAACUCCCCCCUGAGAGAGCUGGACCUGAGUAACAAUAACCUGCGAGAUUCAGGAGUGAAGCUGCUGAGUGCUGGACUGAAGAGUCCAAACUGUCAACUCAACAUACUGAGAUUGGCAAACUGUAAUCUCACUGAACAGCACUGUGAAAUCAUGGCUUCAGCUCUACAAUCAUCAAACUCUUCCCUGAGAGAGCUCGACCUGAGUAACAAUAACCUGCGAGAUUCAGGAGUGAAGCUGCUCUGUCCAAACUGUCAACUCAACAUACUGAGAUUGGCAAGCUGUAAUCUCACUGAUCAGCUCUGUGAAAUCAUGGCUUCAGCUCUACAAUCAUCAAACUCUUCUCUGAGAGAACUGGACCUGAGUAACAAUAACCUGCGAGAUUCAGGAGUGAAGCAGCUCUGUGCUGGACUGAAGAGUCCAAACUGUCAACUCAACAUACUGAGAUUGGCAAACUGUAAUCUCACUGAUCAGCUCUGUGAAAUCAUGGCUUCAGCUCUACAAUCAUCAAACUCUUCCCUGAGAGAACUGGACCUGAGUAACAAUAACCUGCGAGAUUCAGGAGUGAGGCAGCUCUGUGCUGGACUGAAGAGUUCAAACUGUCAACUCAACAUACUGAGAUUAUCUCAGUGUUUGGUGACAGAAGAAGGUUGUGCUGCUCUGGCAUCAGCUCUGAGUUCAAACCCCUCACACCUGAGAGAGAUGGAUCUGAGCUACAAUCACCCAGGAGAUUCAGGAGUGAAGCUGCUCUCUGGAACACUCAAACAUCUGGACAAACUCAAUGUGGAUCAUGGAGGAGAGUUCAGGAUCACAGCAGGACCUCGAAGAUACGCCUGUGAUCUCACACUGGAUCCAAACACAGCAAACACUGAACUCGUUCUGUCGGAGGAGAACAGGAAGGUGACGCGUGUGAAAGAGCGACAGUCGUAUCCUGAUCAUCCAGACAGAUUUAAUUAUCCUCAGGUUCUGUGUUCAGAGAGUCUGACUGGACGCUGUUUCUGGGAGACUGAGUGGAGCGGAGAUGUUCAUAUAUCAGUGUCUUAUAAAGAAAUCAAGAGGAAAGGAUGGAGUGAUGACUGUGUGUUUGGAUGGAAUGAUCACUCCUGGAGUCUGUUCUGCUCUGAUCACAGAUUCACUGCUCGUCACAAUAAUAACUCCACUGAUAUACCAGCUGCUCGAGGCUCCUGUAAGAGAGCAGCAGUGUUUCUGGACGAGUCGAGCGGCUCUCUGUCCUUCUACAGCGUCUCUGACACACACACACUUACACACUUACACACAUUCACACACACAUUCACUCAACCUCUACACGCUGGGUUUCACCUUAAUUACAACUCUUCAGUGUCUCUGUGUCACAUUAAACAUUAAACACACACACACACACACACACACACACACACACACACACACAGACACACACACACACAGAGACACAAAUACUGUUGUUAGUGUAAAAUAAUAUGUAAUAAUUACACUGUUGUGUCAUAUUUCUGUAUUUUCAUGUGAUUUUAGUUUAAUAGAAAUCAGACUAAAAUUACAUCAUCAUCAUCAUCAUCCUCCUCCUCCUUCUUCUUCUCCUUCUUCUCCUUCUUCUCCUCCUCCUUCUUCUUCUCCUUCUUCCUCUUCUUCUUCUCCUUUUUCUCCUUCUUCUCCUCCUCCUUCUUCUUCUUCUUCUUCUUCUUCUUCUUCUCCUCCUCCUUCUUCUUCUUCUUCUUCUUCUUCUUCUCCUUCUUCUCCUCCUUCUUCUUCUCCUCCUCCUUCUUCUCCUCCUCCUCCUUCUUCUCCUUCUUCUCCUUCUUCUUCUCCUCCUCCUCCUUCUUCUUCUUCUUCUUCUUCUUCUCCUUCUUCU